AGGGUGCUGUUUGCCCAUCUAGUCAGAGCUGGUCGAGGAGCGUCAAGUGCUGCUUAGCUCACUUGGAUGAAGCUUUGCGUUUCGUACGAACAUGCUUUUGCUUUUGGGCUUGGGACAAUGGCUGUCAGCCAGCGUGACGGCAUUGUCUUUGUGCGACUUGUUAACUGCCACUGAGCACAGCGGCUAACGGGGCUGCGAGCCAGCCGGUCGGACGGACGGGCGAGUGACGAGCCUGCGACUGUGCGAGACGCCGCCGCUGCCGCCGCCACCGCCACCGGAUGAGCAGCCGAGGAACCCAGGACGCGUCGACGAAAGGUGGCGCAAUUGCAGCACCCCAUGGCGCUGUACGACGAGAACAUCGCCAAGAACGCCUUCUUCGUGGCGCUGGAGAAGCUCCGGCCGGACCUGUGCGAGCGCGUGGCCCGGCUGCACGGCAUCGUUCUGGUCCCGUGCUGCGGAAGUCUCGAGGGUAGCGUCGUGUCGGAACUUCACUUUGACAGCUACGUUCUGCACGCCGUGGAAGACGGAUACCAGACGGCAGACGGAAAGGACGUCCGGAUCCAGGACAGGCGGGUCCUGUUGGGAUCUGACCUGGCGCCCCCGGUCUCGCUCCCCAUCCUGUUUGAGGAAACCUUCUACAACGCUAAGGAGGAGAGCUACAGCGUCCUGUGCAUCUCCGGGCCGGUGGAGGCGGCGGAGGAGGCGGAGUCGGGCCCGCCGCCGAGGGCGCCCAGCGCGACUUACCACCUCAGGAGCCUAGAAGACGUCAAAGUGUUCCUGGGCCGCCACAGCCACAAGUUGGACAAACUCAUCGCAAACUUCUCUCUGGCCUUCAAGCAGCACGAGCGAAAGGGACUGCGGCACCACAUAGACUCCACCCACGGCUUGUACACACGCUGCCUUCAGUGUGUGCUGCGGGACGCUCGGCCAAAGGUGUCGGCCAAGCAGGAGCUCCAAACCAGUCUGGUGAAACAAGCCGUGGAGGUGUACGUGCAUCACGCCAUCCACCCGCUGAUCUUCAACCUGGUGUCGACGUUGGAAGCCGGACAGGACGCCGCCUUCAACAAGACCACCAGAAGUCUUCAAGAGCUUCAGCACAAAGACGUCGGCGUCAAAGCGCAUUUCAGCAUCAACUUGUCUCGCGCCAAACGGGAGCUGGGUCAACUCAACCAGCAGACGUCGCCGCUCCUCAAGCUGCUUUGCCUGCGCAAGGUGGCCUUGACCGCCACCCGCACGGCGUCCUCGGCAGUCAGCGUGGAAGCCGUGUGCGCCGAUGACCUGCUGUCCAUCAUCCUCUAUCUGCUGGUCAAGAUGGAAAUCCCCAACUGGAUGGCCAACCUAAGCUACAUGAGGAACUUCUGCUUCUGUCAGUCCAGCAAAGACGAGCUGAGCUAUUGUCUGAGCACCUUCGAGGCGGCCGUCCAGUACAUCAGCCUGGGGAGGCUGCACCACACGCUCUCCGAGUGCCACGGCCAUGCCAACAACAAGGUGCAAAUGAAGGUGGAUCUGGCGAGCGCCUCCACGCCCAUCGGCCGUUUGUUGGAGCACGUGGCAGACGGGAACGAGGCGGAGGUGGAGCGUCUGCUGAGCGAAGGCGAGAGCGAAGAAGACGUGCGGCCGUGUCACCCUUUGUGCUCCUGUGACCUCUGCGACCUCCAACGGUCCGGGAAGCUGAACGACCCGUCCGUCGUCACGGCGUCCUCCAGAGACGAGCGAGGCUACACGCCGCUGCACGUGGCCGCCGUCUGCGGUCAGGCGCAGCUGAUUGACCUUCUGGUAGCCAAAGGAGCACCGGUCAACGCCACCGAUUACCACACGCUCACACCGCUGCACUUGGCGUGUCAAAAGGGAUACCAAGGAGCGGCGCUGCUGCUGUUGCAUUACAAGGCGGAUGCGGACGCUCAGGACAACAACGGCAACACGCCGCUGCACUUGGCCUGCAUGUACGGACACGAGGACUGCGUGAAGGCGCUGGUCUACUACGACUUCCAGAGGUGCAGCCUGGACCUGGCCAACGACAAAGGCGACACGGCGCUGCACGUGGCGUCUCGCUGGGGCUACGAAUCCAUCGUCCACGUGCUGCUGGAGAACGGCGCCAGCGUGCACGCGCUCAACAGCAAAGCGCACACGCCCGCCCACUGCGCCCUCAACUCCAAGGUGCUGGCGUUGCUGCGGAGGGACGAGGGGCAGCGCUGCGCUCAUCCUCCCGUGCGAGUUCCUGCCGCCAGCUCGGAGCGCAGCGGCCGGCGCUCGUCCACGUCAAGCGGCGCGUCGUCCUCGCCGGCCCGCGAGCUCCCGCCCGAGAGCGCGUCGGUGCGACAUGGCCAGGUGGAGAAGCUGCUGCGGGCUGUGGCGGACGGAGACGUGCAAAUGGUGCGCUACCUGUUGGAGUGGACAGACGAGGAAGAGGCGGGGGCGGCGGCGGCGGCCGAGGCAUCGCUGUGUCAUCCUCUGUGUCAAUGUGCCACGUGCGCGCCGGCUCACAAGGCGCGUGCGGUCCCGUGCGGCGCCUUGUGCGUGCGUAGCGCCAACGCCGACGGCGUGACGCCGCUCCACGUCGCCUGCAUGUACGGCCACGGCGAGCUGACGGCGCUCCUGGUCCGCCACGGCGCCGACGUCGAGGCGCGCACCGAGCGCAAGGCCACGCCGCUUCACCUGGCCAGCCAGAACAACCACCUGCAGGUGGUGAAGUUCCUGCUGGAGUGCAACGCCAAGCUCAACAAGAAGGACCAGUACGGCAACACGGCUUUAAUACGCGCCUGUCUCCACGGCAACCUGGACACCGCCGCCACGCUCCUGCAGAGCGAGGCGCUGGUGAACGUGCGCAACCGGCAGGGCAACACGGCGCUGCACUGCGCAGUGCGGGCCGGCCACCGGGCCCUGGUGGAUGUCCUGCUGAAGGCCGGAGCCUCCCCGCACCUGCGCAACAAGAAACACAGGACGCCUCUGGACGCCGCGUAUCAGCGAGGCGGAAAGAACGCCGAGAUCGUGCGAUCGCUGCAGAAAGCCUCGGGACUCCCCCCGGAUGACGAGCCCAUCAAACUUCUCUCCGUGCCCAAAGGCACCCUGGCUCACUCCUUCGUUCAGUGUCUGAGACUCAACGAUCCCGCCCGCCAAAAGUCAGCCGCCGGCAGGAUUCAGCAGACGAAGGAAACGUCCGGCAGUCCAAGCGGGCGCUCGGCUGCACCCGAGCAGGUGAGUCCCGGGGCGAGGAGGCCGCGGCUGCGGCGCGGCGGCACGGCGGACGCCACCGCCUCGUCGGCGAGCCCCGACGGCACCCCUGGCUCCAGAGGGCGGGGCCUGACCCGUUGGCACACGCUGGACUCGGGAGAGGAAGCCCCGGAGCCGCCGAUGGACGUGCGCGUUUGGACCAGACGUCGUCACGACGACGACGACACCAAGCGCCAAAGCCCCGCGGCGCUCGCCUUUCUGAUGACGUCGCCGCCGCCGCCGUCAGACGGACAGACGCCGCGCGACUCCGUGACGGAACGGUCGUCAGACGACGGUGACGUCACUUCACGUUUACCCGCAAGCCCGCCGCUACACGCCAAUGCCGGGGACACGGCGGCCAUUUCCGGUGACACGUCUGCCACCGGUCUCGCUAGUGGAAAAGGCAAUCCGUGUGACAUGUCGCACACUCAGGAUUCAAGUGCCCACAUCGGAGCCACGCCCAUUUGUAGGGACACGCCCAUUUGUAGUGACGUGGCCGACGCCAAAGACACAAGGCCGCCUUGUGACACGCUGCUUCUUCCCUGUGACAAAAACGACUCCGCUGAAACAUCCCACCUCCAAGACGCCAGCCCUCGUACGGCCCACUCCCCUAUCGACGACAUCUCCGGUGACCCCAGGGUGGGCUGACGCUGACAACUCCGGUCGAGUGCCGAGGACAGCUCAUAGAGUGUGCGCGCUAAAGCUGGUGGUGGGAAAAACAGACGUCCGCAAACAGGAAAUUGCGUCCAUCAUCUAUCUUCUCCACACCAGAGGGGAGGGGGCGGGCCAAGAGGUCAAAAAGGGAUUCAGCCAAUUGUGACGGAGAUGAAAGCAGUGGUGGGAAAUGAUCAAAAGUGUCAAAAGUGCAUUUUUUGCCAUUGAAUAACUUCUCUACUACUUUCCGUCCGUCUUUUAUUAACUUUGUACAUCAUGCUUGGACUGAAAUUAAAACUCAUCUUGCAUGCCA